AUGAAGAGAAAGGCCGAGAAACAACAAGCAGGUGCUCCGCUGAGCGCUUUCGCAGCCUUCGCUGCGCGCAAAGCUCGCCAGCAACAAGCGCUGGAGCCAGCCGUACCAAAAGCGGCGCCACAAGCUGUAGCUGCAAGCGAGCCGCCCUCGAAAAAGCCGCGACGAUCCCUCGAAGUAGCCGAGACUGAACCAAAUGGAGAGCGUCACCCACGAACAAGGGCAGCAAAGAAACAAGAUGAGCCAUUGCCUGCCAAGAAAACGCCAGAACAGCCUACAAGGGUCACCCGGUCUCAUAAGUCUGAAGCCCAGCCGGAGCCGGAGAAUGCCCCCGAGGAAUCAGACGUUGAGUCCGAGCAAGAGGAAGUCGCAAAUGCCGAUGAAAUGGAUGAGGACGAAGUUGCAUCUGUCGCGGGUGAUGCCGAUGGCUAUGAAUCGCCCGCGGAAAUUCCAGCAGAACUCCAAAACUUCCCUCUAUCAAAGGCUCGGUUGAACAAGAACAACAUUGUUUACAGUGACGGUAACACUCUCUGUGUCCGUAUCAAGGAGAGAGCAAAUCUUGCACUGAUUGGUCAUUAUGAACUUUGGGUUAAAAGAGGCGUUGUUAGUCUGAUGGGCGCGAAACUGCACCCUUCCGCAGAAGUGCAUAGAGUCUAUGCUCCCUCGACACACUCCUUGCCAGUUAUCAAAUGUGUUUCUGGCAUUGACGGUGAAGCAGAAGUCGAGCUUAAGUCUUGCAGCAGCGGCAUCGCCCGUCUCCGGGACCUUUCCCCUCUAUAUCAAAAGAUCUGGGCUGGUCAGAACACAGCUGCAGAUAAAAUCACUUUGAAGGGCGCUGCGAAAGACUCGAAGCGAACCUUCUCAGUUUUGUACACAUCGUCAGAUGAUACCAUGAACAGACAUCUCCGACCCCUUCAUCUCGACAAGAAAUGGAGUGCCUCGAUGAAAGCCCUCUCACAGCGCCAAAGCAGACUUCGUGUUCUGGUAUGCGGUCCUAAAGCGUCAGGAAAAUCUACGUUCAGUCGCUACUUAUUGAACCAUGUUCUCAGUGCUGCGCCUGAGGUCGAGACUGGAUACACGAAUACGGACGGUGUUGCUUUCCUGGAUCUAGACCCAGGUCAGCCCGAGUUUGCCCCUAUGGGCCAGGUUUAUCUUGCGCGCGUGCGCUCUCCAUUCUUUGGUCCGCCCUUCACCCACCCAUCGCUGGACGAAUCCCGCGACGGUGAAAUGGUGCGAGCGCAUCAUAUUGGUGCAACAUCACCCAAAGAAGACCCGGACCACUAUGCUAUGGCUGUCAUGGAUCUGAUGGAUCAAUAUCGCUCGUUGCUGGACAAGUAUCCUCGGUGCCCUCUGAUUAUCAACUAUCCUGGUUGGAUCUUUGGUCAAGGAUUAGAGGUUGCAACAUGGUUGGUCAGAACACUCGGUCUUUCCGAUGUGGUUUAUAUGAGCGAAAAGGGUCCAUCAGAGGUCGUGGAUCCUUUGGCUCUGGCAGCCCGUGAAGCUCGCGUCCCCAUGACCAUUCUUCCUUCGCAGCCCACCGAUUUUGUGAGCCGAUCAAGCGCUCAACUACGCGCCAUGCAAAUUCAGUCAUACUUCCACAUGUCUCAUCCGACUGACCUCAGCACACCAUUGUGGACGGAUGUUCCCCUCUCCCGUACCAGACCUAUCACUGUGGAAUACGCGGGCUCACGGCAAGGAAUCACGGGUAUCAUGGUCAUGGGAUCUCAGAUCAACCCUGAUCUCUUGCAAGAAACUCUCGAAGGAGCUAUUGUAGGUAUCGUGGCAGUGGAAUCGCCGAGCGCCAUCACAGGUGAAAUGGCAAGACCUGCGGCCUCGAAUGACUCGGACAUGGACAUGGAUUCAGAGAACCCAGGUUUGAGUGAUUCAAUACAGGUUGCCGCGUCUGCAAGCAUUGUGCGAACACGUGAAGACCUUCCAUAUCUUUUCGUUGGGUCCGGCAGUUGCACUCCCUUGGAUCCAAGAUCGUCGCAUUGCCUCGGUCUAGCUUUGGUCCGCUCGAUCAAUACUUCUACGCACAAGCUUGAACUCUCCACGCCUAUUCCCUCUUCCCUCCUUGAAAAGUCAAUUCAGCAAGGCCAUGGCCUUGUACUGGUUCGUGGUCAAAUUGAUAACCCGAAUUGGGCUAUCAGUGAAGAAUACUAUGCCGCUCGUGCAGCAGAACGUCGUUACCAGAUGUCAGCAUCCCGGUCGCGCAAAACUGGAGACUCUGCCAAUGAUAGUGAUCCAGAGCAUGACCGAACUCUUGCUCUUCUGCGCGAGAGGAUACGGAGAGCCAGCAAUGUGCCCUGGAUGACCGUUGUGGAAGACAACAGUCGUCACCAACGUGAAGCUGCUGCGCGUGAAAAGUCAUUAUGGAAGUUGAGGAAGAAGGCAUACCCCGGUAGUGACAGCGAGCCAGAGUGGUAG